AUGAAAAUUUCAUCAUUGUCAAAGACUAGCAAGAAGCUUUUGCAGACAAAUAGUAGAUGUUUCUCUACUUGUCUUAACAACAAGGCCAGUUUAAUAGGCUCCCCAAGCGAAAUUCCUCUCUCCAGCUUCUUCCCUGGAACUCCUGUUCUUCCUAACCAAGCUGAUUCUUCUGAGGAAUCCCUUGUCUUCCAAACACAAAAAUCAACUCUUCCAAACGGAUUGAACGUUGUUUCAACUGAUUCUACAUCAAGAGGAGUGAGUGUUGUCAGCCUUUUUGUUAAUGCUGGAUCUCGUUUUGAAACAUACCGUACAAGCGGUGUUUCUCACUUUGUUGAAAAAUUCUUCUUCUCAGGUACCAACAACAGAAGUUUGCUGAGAUUAGUCACUGAAUUACAAAAGACUGGUGCUACCGUUAGCGCUCAAGCUGGACGUGAAAAUAUUGUGUAUCAAACUGAGGCUUUGCGUGAGUCAGUCCCACAAGUUUUAGAACUUAUUUCCAACUCUGUUUUACAAGGAAGAUUACAUCCAUGGGAUUUGGAACCAAAGACCGAAGCUGUUAAACGUGAUAUUUCUGAAUUCCAAAACAAUCCUCAAUUCGUUUUGAAUGAAGCACUUCAUAAUAUUGCCUUCAACGGUGAAACUCUCGGACGUUCAUUGUUGUGCCCACCUCAUAAUGUUUCAAAGAUUGAUACUGAUGUUAUUUUGUCUUACAUGGAUAAUUUGUUUGUUGCUCCACGUAUGACAUUGGUUGGUACAAACAUUUCACAUGACGAGCUUAAGGAAUUGGCAGCAGCAUUGUUCGGAUCAAUUCCAACUCAAGUUUCUCAAAGACCAGAGGGUGAGCUUUUCACUUUUGACAAGUCUGAGUAUGUUGGUGGUGAUUAUCAAAUUCACGACCUUUCUGGAAAUGGUGUUCAUGCUAUUUUGGCAUACAAGGGCCCAUCAUUGAACUCUACAACACAAGCACCAUAUCUUGUAUUGAAUGAAUUCCUUGGCCAAACUUCAAACAAGUAUACUGCAUCAAUUCACCACACAGCAUCAAGAUUGGCAAAGACUGUAAAGAAUGUCGAGUUUGGAUCAUCAUUUGUUACUUCAUACUCUGAUAAUGGCUUGUUCGGAGUUUAUCUUUCCGGAAAGAGUGCCAAAGAGGUUUCUCAAGCUGUUGAAAAGGUUGUUUCUGAAUUGAACUCUGUGGACAAGAAUUUGACCCAAGAUGCCUUUGAAGGUGCCAAGAACCAUGCUUUACUGAAACUCUAUAACUCUGUUUCUUCAAGCCUCGGAUUGAACGAACACAAUGCUACCUAUGGAUCUGUACAGGAGGUUGCACAAGCUAUUUCGAACAUUACUCUCCAAGAGGUUCAACAAGCAGCCAAGACUUUGUUGCAAUCCAAACCAACUUUGGUUUCAUACGGCAAUCUCGAUAGAAUGAUUAAGGUUAGAAACAUUCAAUAA